AUGGGCAGCCGGCUCUACCAGGAGCCCACUGAGGCAGAGCCUGGAAGGAGCAAUGGAGGGGGUGGGGGGGCAGGAGGGGGCAGUGGUGAGAGGGGAGAUGCAGGCUGUUCAGCAGAGCAUCACUAGGUGGAAUGGGGCUGCAACCCCUUUGAAUGGAGUAGGACUGACUUCUGAGUAAGCUUGCACAGGAUGGGGCUGCAAGCCUAUUUGCAGUUAGGUUGCAUGAGGGCGGAUUCGUCUCAGGCAGCCCCCCACCUCGCCCCCUCCUAUCCCCUAGGGAUGUUGGCUUGAUCUCUCUGCUUCAAGGAGGAUCUUGUAAUGCAAACCCUGUUGGGGCGGGGAGGGCUCUAUUUUGCAGCCGGAUUGCCUGGAUCCCCCCCCACUAAACGGAUCCUACUUGCCUCUCACCCCCCUCCCCAAAUCCUUCCUCCCCUCCCCUCCCAGCUGCCCAGUUUGUAGAUUAAGGGGGAGGAAAAGCAAGUCCUAUACCCUCCUCCCACGCCCAAAUAUGCUGCACCUCUUUCUCCCCUUCAACCGGCCAGCUUCUCUUCUGGGGCUCUGCAUGGAGACCCCCCCCUCCCCUCCAACUUUGCCACUUCCAUCCCUCCUCCCCCUGCAAAAAAAAAAAAAACCCUCUUGCCUCUCUAGGAAGCGCAGCUCGAUAGACCCAAGCGGAAAUCCUGAUUCCCCGCAAACAAAGCUCUAUGUAAUCUCGUUUAUUUAGUGAGAAGGACGCAGGUUCGAUCCCCGGCAGCGGCAGCGAAAGAGACCCCCCCCCCCCCUGAAAAAACGGCGGUGGAAGAAGGUGAGCCUUCUACAUUUCACUUGUUCCAGUUCUGCUGGAGGGGUUGGGAGAACAGUUACUUGCGACCACCCUAAAGGGAAGUCGAACCGGGACCCCAAACCCGGCGUCCCUCUGCGGGUUCCGGACCUCCACGAUGCGUCGGCCGGUGUCUCCCCAGCAGGAAUCUCCCGGGGCGCUCCGGGCUCCGCGCGCGCUGCGAGGCGCAUCCGUGGUGCGCCUUGGGGAGGGGUCCCUUUGGGCUGCAGAGACGGAGUCCACGUAAGGGUUAAAGGACGCGAGGGACGCCUGGAUAGAGACCCCCCCUUGCCCCCCCCCCCGCGAGGCUCCUGCGAAUGGAGAUGUGGUCGCGCUCGGGAAAGACUUGGCGCGCAGGGCGAGGAGGGAGAUGUGCCAAGGGAGGUUUCCGGGCGCAGGAGAGCUUCAGGGAGGGCAGAGGAUGCUGGGGAGGGGCUGGGGGGCAUGGAAGCAUCCCCGGGGCAAGAACAAGAUAAGUCCAGUGAGCAUUGGCCGGGGGCGGGGGGGGGGCGGGCUGGAGACAGAGAACGGGAAACGUGGCCUUUCGGAGGGACGUAUCCACCUUGUGCGCUGUCGGGGAGCCGAGGUCCCUUCGCCCCUCCCCAUAAAAUAUUUGAGGGGGCUGCUCCCCCCCCGCCCGAGUUGAUUGGCAUUGCCAUUCAAAUGGUGUAUGCACGCUGUGUCGUGAUCAAUUAUGUAGCCCCCUGUUGUAAACAAAAUCUGCCCUUCUUCCCUUAUGGGGUACCCAAGAGCCCAUAUAGAGUCCUUAAGUGGGUUCCCUAUUGGUGGAAGAAAAUAACAGAGGCCAAGCGGAGAAUAUUGAAAAGCAAAGCAGCUAGUAAGCCAUAUAUAUAUAUAUUCCCAUAUAUCAGAAAAAUUCCUCAGAUGUCCUUGGUUUUGGGGUGUAAAAAUGGCAUCGUGAGGGAAUUUGGCUAAAUUGGCAACAUCUAUGGGGAAACCCUAGGCAGAAUUAAUUUUGAUUAUUAUUUUUUAGGGGAAAAUCUAAUUUUUGGCAAAUAUAUGCUACCUCAGGGUCUUAUAAUGAGACCAGAGUGGGUUAGAAGAGGCCUGCAUACCUGAGGCAAUGUAUUGUUUACUCUUUCUGUAACACUUAAAUCAAGUUCCUGGAAGUAAAGCUUUUAAACUCAGCUCAGUCAGUAAAGCAUAAGACUCUUAAUCUCAGGGAAGUGACUUGGAGACCCAUGUGGGGCAAAAGAUUCCUGUAUUGCAGGGGGCUGGAUUUCAUUUUUUAAACAGGAACACAGGCGAAGGGAGCAUGUGUGAAAUGUUAAACAAAUGUUAACACAAAAGAAGGUGCCAUUGCUUUGUUCCCUUUUAACAGGAUUUCCUUUCCCCCAACUCCCAACCAGGUGAUGGAGAAGGCAGUCAGAAUUCGGAGGGGCCAUCAGAGAUUUCAUUAGGAAUAAAAAAGAUAGAAUUUAAAUAUGUGGAAUGUACAAUGUGA